GAGGGGCAUGACGUCACCGCAGGCCCCGCCCCCGCCCCGCCCCUUUGGGGGAGCAAGAAGGCGGAAGGAGGGGGGGAGGGAGGGAAGGCUGCCGGAGAGAAGGGAAAUGAGGAUUCUCUGGACCCACUUCUGGCAUGAAAAGAAAGAAAAAAGCAUCUACUGUGUACUGAGGAAUUUGGAAACUAAAGGUGUAGUAAAGAAAGGCGUCUUAUAAGAAGAGGAAGCCCUUCUUAGGUGCUGAUCUAGCUGAACUCACUCACAAACCAGAAAGGAAAAAAGAAGAGUGUCGAGUGUCCAUAUUGCAGUUGGUCAUGCCUAUCACUCUUGGCAUGGAGGAGAAACCCUAUAAAUGCCUUGAGUGCAGAAAAAGCUUCACUGCGAGUGGAAGUCUACGUUCACAUCUAAGAACCCACACUGGAGAGAAACCCUAUAAAUGUCUGGAGUGUGGGAAGAGCUUCAGUAAGAGUGGAAAUCUAUAUCAGCAUCAAAGGACUCACACUAGGGAUAAGCCCUAUAUAUGUCUGGACUGUGGGAAAAGCUUCACUAAGAUCAGAAACCUACAUUCACAUCAACGGACUCACACUGGGGUGAAACCCUAUCAAUGCAUGAUAUGUAGAAAGAGCUUCACUCAGAGUGGAAGUCUACGUUCACAUCAAAGGACUCACACUGGGGAGAAACCCUAUAAAUGUAUUGUGUGCGGAAAGAGCUUCGCUCGCAAUGGUGGUCUACGCUCACAUCAAAAAACCCACACUGGUGAGAAACCCUAUACGUGCCUGGAGUGCGGAAAGAGCUUCAGUGGGAGUGGAAAUCUACAAAGUCAUUAUAGAAUUCACACUGGGGAGAAACCGUAUAAAUGCUUGGAGUGCGGAAAGAGCUUCACUCACAGUGGACAUCUGCAUUUACAUUACAGAACCCACACUGGGGAGAGACCCUUUUCAUGCCGUGAGUGUGGAAAGAGCUUCAGUGACCGUGGAAGUCUACAUAAACAUCAUAGAAUCCACACUGGGGAAAAACUCUAUCCAUGCCUGGAGUGUGGAAAGAGCUUCGCUCACAGUGGAACUCUACGCAGACAUCAUAGGACCCAUACUGGAGAGAAACCCUAUACAUGCCUGGAGUGUGGAAAGAGGUUCACUCAUAGCGGAAGUCUACGUAGGCAUCAUAGAACCCACACCGGGGAGAAACCCUUCUUAUGCUUGGAGUGUGGAAAGAUCUUUGCUGACAGCGGAAACCUCGACAAACAUCAUAGAAUCCACACUGGGAAGAAACCCUAUAAAUGCCUGGAGUGCGGAAAGACCUUCACUUACAGUGGAUAUCUAUAUCAACAUCAAAGAAUUCACACUAGGGAGGAUCCCUAUAAAUGCCUGGAGUGUGGAAAGAGCUUCACUGUGAGUAGAGGUCUACAGAGACAUCACAGAAUUCACACGGAACGAAAAGAUGGUAUUUGACACCCGAGAGGCUCUCUAAGGUGACUAUCCUUGUAUAUCAGAUGUGUCUCAGAAGUGCCCAGCAAGAGACCAAAGGGACGACCGAAAACGUUACGUAUGCAUAUAUUCUCUCUCUCUGUCCAUGUGUGUAUAUAUAUAUUGUUGCAGCAUACGUUACCCGUCCAUUUGAGUGCAGCAGGCAAGGAAGAGACGGAGACAGCAGAUCGAUUUCCAGGUCUUUACGUUUUUGCAAAAGAGGUUGAUCAGUGAUCAAAGGACUGUCACAAAAGCCAUGUUCAAUCACACCAGUAUAUAUAGUACAAUUUGUGCUGACAAAAUCAGUUUUUUUACACAUGCGCAGAAGAUACAACAUUUGGAAAUUUUCCUGAUAUAAUUAUUAAACAGGUGAAAAACAAGUGUUCACGUGUACCGUUAGGUCAUCUUCCAGGUCAGGGGGAUGCAACAUUUGCUGAUGUUUCAACAUCUCCUGACUAUACUUUAUGUAAUUCAGACAUCAGGUGAUUCCAAAGAUCAAAUGUUCUAUUUCUUACCAUUUGAUUUUUAAACUCUUUUAAAUGAUUAUUAUAUUACUGAUUUUAAAAGCAGAUUUCAUCUUAAAACAAACUUUUUUAAAAUAUAGAUUUCAUCUUAUAUAAGAACUAUUAAUCUCAUUUGUUUAUUGUCUUCUUUUUUCUAUCCUUUAUAAAUUCUUUGAAUAUAUAUGUAUUCUUACUAAAGCUAUAAUCAAUCAACGAAUAUUAAGCUGAUCUUCCUUAGUGUCUGCUCUUGAUUGUUUUUCUAAUGUUAAAUGUAAUGUAAUAUAUUUUCCUAAGUAAGACUAAAAAAUAUAAUUCAAAAUAAGUUCUUCUAAAGUGCCUGCUAUUGACACGUAGUUUCCGUAAGAUGGUGCUCUAUUACUGUAUCAACUAGAUGUUCCGAGUUGUAUUGACACAUCCCGAUCGAUAUAUUGAUUCAUCAAGUUCACCAUGCCCUGCCAGUUUGACCUACGUACUUUGUAAAUAGAGGCAGAAUAAACAAGCAGUUUAAACAUG